AUGACGGAUCGACACGUUCUCCCUGGUCAGCACUGGUACGAAGGUAUUUUAUUUUUUGGAUACAGUCCACCAGACAUUCUAGAUGCUGUAAAACAUUUUGAAGUUCGUGACGACGAUGUUUUCAUUGUAACUUAUCCAAAAGCAGGUACAACAUGGAUGCAAGAAAUAGUAUGGUUAAUUCUCAGUGAUGGAGACUUUGAAAGAGCGUCGAAACAACAGGUUUACUUCCGGUCCCCUUUCCUAGAAUUCAAAGAUGAUAUUUUGAAUGAAGUUGGACUAGAUUUAGCAAAUCCAAUGCCAUCGCCAAGAGUUAUUAAAACGCAUCUCCCAGUAAAACUUGUACCUACCCAACUGUGUCAAAAAGAAUGUAAGGUGGUUGUCAUGUUUCGGAAUCCCAAAGAUCUCUGUGUCUCAUAUUAUCAUUUCUACAGAUCAAGCUCUUCUUUCGGAAAUUAUAAGGGAACGUGGACUGAAUUCGUAGACAUGUUUAAAGACGGGCAUGUUGAUCAUGGAUCUUGGUUUGAUUUUACACGUGGCUGGUGGAACCUGCGACAACAUGAAAAUGUUUAUAUUGUAUUCUAUGAGGAUAUGAAAAGGGACCUAAAAAAAGAAAUAGUGAAAAUUUGCAGUUUUCUUGGAAAACAACUCGACGACAAAACUACAGAACGCAUCAGUGAGAAUUGCUGCUUUGAAAGCAUGCGUAAUAAUCCAAUGACCAACCAUUUAGAUGUUUACUCUAUUGAUAGUGAAAUAUCGCCAUUACUACGGAAAGGUACUGUUGGUGACUGGAAGAACCAUUUUACAGUACAACAAAAUGAAGAUUUUGAUAAAUUUUAUCAAUUGCACAUGGACGAGUUCAAUAUCCCAUUCCAGUAUGAACUUUGAAAUCCAUUGCAUCAUGCACAGUGUUCUUUCCAAAAAAAAUAGGACAAGUAGAAGUUAAAAUGUAUUUAAACAAAUAUUUUUUUAUUUAAUCGUUAUUUUUUAACCUGCGUUGCCAAAGGAGAGCAGGUUUAGUAUCCGCUUCACUCCGUCUGUCCAAAACACAUAGAGGCAUCAAAUUUUGUGUCAUCCCUAGUUCCUACAUUUUACCUAAACAUUAUUUGAACUAUGCACAGUGGUUGUAGACAUAUUUAAGGUGUGCACCUCCUUUUUAGACAUAGUUGAACGUUUUUCUUUUAGGUUCCCAUGAUUGGAACUCAGAUGAUCCGGAAAUGUAUACGCAGUUUCUUUUCCACUUGUGGGACCCAUCGUAUUACUCAUUGCAAAUACAAAUUCGUUUAUGAGUCGUAUUCCGUAAUAUUCCGGGGCAUUAGAAGAGUAUCUUAGAAUACACUGUUAUUGAUAAUUUAAGAGUACGGGCCUUCGGACAAUGACUUGCCUAAAAUUUGGUGCUCGACCUGAAUGAGCUGAAACAGGUAAAAAUGGUGUGGGCUUUGCUUAUUGUUGAAUGCCGUACGGUGACCUAUAGUUGUUAAUUUCUGUAUCUUCUUCUUCUUCUCUAGGUUUUCAGUAGUCCUUCAUUGUCUGAAGAUUAUUUACUGUUUUGCGCUGCGUGUCCUAUAUAUAUAUUUACAAAAACACAAAAAUAAUUGAAAAUGAAUUUGGAGUGCGUAAAAAAUUUUUAAAUUGUGAUUAAAACUAUGUACAUAGGCUAAUAAUGAGUUAAAUGAAUUUGUGGAGAACAGUUGGUGUAAGCUGUUCUCUGAAAGUGUCGACUGUGGUUACAGCGACUGUUGACUGGUAGUAAAUUCCAUUGAUUAAUAGUGUACGGAAAAAAUGAAAAUUUAUAUGUAUCUUUUUUGGUUGAAAUGUGUCUGAAAGUGAAACUAUGAUUCUUGCGGGUUCUACUGUCUGAUGGUAUGAUAAUAGCAGAUGGGAUUGCUACGAUUUGAUGUACUAUUUUGUAGAACAUUAUCAAUCUUGUGCGUAGUCUUCUUUCUUGUAGCGUGGGCCAGUUUAGUGAGUUUAUCAUGUCUGUAGGACUACUGAUGUUAUGGUACCUGUUACAGACAUAUCUGGCAGAUCGUCUUUGGACCAUCUCGAUUUUAGAGGUUCGUUCAACUGUGUGAGGGGCCCAUAUUGAACCUGAAUAUUCAAGCUUAGGACGAACUAGUGCCAAAUAUGCCUGGGUUUUGAUGUUCUGACAUGAUGUUUUUAAAUUUCUUUUUAAGAAGCCCAAAGAUUUGUUUCCAUUAGCUAUGAUGUUGUCAGUAUGUUUUGACCAUUUUAAGUUUCCUUGUAGUGUAAUGCCCAGAUAUUUAGCUGAAGAGACUAGUUCAAGUUUGUGAUUGUGAAGGAUAUAGUCAUGUUUAAACUGCUGUUUCUUUUAUGAUACUGUAAGGACUGUGCAUUUGUCUGGAUGGAAAGCCAACCAACCAGUCAGUUGGUCUCUUGUGGGAGAUGUCUCAUUUGCAAUCAUACCACAUCUUCUUAUUUUUAUACAUUUUGAAAACGGAAAUUUUCAUUCAACGAAGAUAAGAAACAAAAAAUGUUUGA